AUGCACAUGAACACCUUCCAAGUCCAAGAUACUCACUUUGCAAGCGGUAACCGAUCCGAACACGAUCGUUUUGAUUCUGCAAUGUUCGAACAGCCUUCCAUGGUCAGCCUUGAGUUCCCAUCGCUCGCAUCUGAAGCCAUCAUCAACAACAAACGUUGUGCCUAUCACCGCAAUGCUCCUGUAUUUCCACCUAAGCGUCGCAAAACAGUGUCACCUCUUCCCGAAGUGAAGGAAGACAACAGCUGGAUAGACAACUUCUCGCUGCUGGAUUCGUUCAGCCCCGAAGACUCUUACAACCCUUCCAUUGUUCCCGAAUGUCCAACGAAUCAUCAUCUGCAACAAGAACAAACCUCUUCUGUUACUGAGAUUAUCAAGCAGGCAUUGACCUUGUCCUCUGAGGAUUUCAUGCAUGAUGCACCACAGGUUCCCAUCAUUCCUUCUACAACCACACAAGACUUUGCCAACCAUAACAGCAACAGCAGCAGCAGCAGCAGCAACAAUGGCUAUCUUCACGAUUCCCAAUUGCCAACUGGUAUGAUGUCACAGCAGACUACUAUCAUGCCUCGUCUGCAUGUACGAACCAUCAGUGAAACCCAGAUGGCCGAGAUGAAUGCCUCUACUAAUCCAAGCGCGGUAUCCCUACGUGGUGCUGCAUCACCAGUGGCAUUGCCUCGGCCAAUACCAUCGGUGGAUCCGAGUGAGUUCACCAUUUCCAAGCUCAAGCACAGCAAGGAACCAACAUUGCUCACUCUGACAUCGUAUCCAUACCGAGUUGUCUAUUCCAAUGAAGCCUUUUCCAAGAUGAGCGGAAGCAAGACAUCGGUGAUUGGAGACUCGGUAUUUGAUACCUUCAAGGUGGAAGGCACCCGUCUGCAUCCAUCGCUAGCUACCUACCCAACGCUAGUAGGUCGUUUGGACAACGAGGUUGCCUUGGUCCCGUCGUUUACCGAUGAUCAAGACAAUCAAUACUCGCUACGCUGUGGUAUCCAAGCAUUCCCUGUAACCAAGCGAAACGACUCGAAUGCAUUGCGAUAUUAUGCCAUUCGCUUCAGCCCGCUACAAUUUCCUCAUUAG